UAAAGAUGGCGAAAACAGAGCUAGCAAAGAUCUUAAUCGAAUCAGUAAAAGAGAUCGCUUCUAUUUCAGAUCACCGUCCACCGAUGAAGACACACUGCGCCCAUCUCUCCCGGCGUUUGAAGCUUCUCCUUCCCAUGUUGGAAGAGAUCAGAGACUGCAAAAACUCUCUCCCUGAAGAAUCGAUGAUGAAGGCUUUGCUAUCUCUCAGAGAAUCGCUCCUCCAUGCCAAGGAUCUGCUUAUUUAUAUAAGCCAACUCAGCAAGAUUUACCUGGUGUUGGAGAGAGACCAAGUCAUGGUUAGAUUCCAGAAAGUGACAGCUCUGUUAGAACAAGCAUUGAGUGAGAUUCCUUACCAGAGUCUUGAAAUUUCAGAUGAGCUUCAAGAACAGGUUGAGCUUGUUCUAGUUCAGUUAAGAAGAUCGAUAGGCAAAGGCGGCGGCGAAAAGUACGAUGAUGAGUUGUAUAAAGACCUUCUAUCUCUUUACGACGGUGCAACAGACUCUGAGAUCCUCAGGAGAGUGGCUGAGAAGCUUCAGCUGAUGACUGUAACCGACCUUACCGAAGAGUCUUUGGCUUUACUUGACAUGCUUAGUACCAGCGGUGGUGAUGACCCCGGCGAAAGCUUUGAGAAGAUGAUGAUGCUUCUCAAGAAUAUCAAGGACUUUGUGCAAACCUAUAAUCCUAACUUGGAAGACGUUCCAUUGAGAUCAAAACCGUCGCUUUCUAAGGCACAAGAUGAAGAUCAGAAGAAUGUUCCUGAAGAUUUUCGCUGUCCGAUUUCACACAAGUUGAUGAGUGAUCCAGUCAUUGUUUCUUCAGGACAGACAUAUGAUCGUGAAUGCAUUAAGAAAUGGCUAGACGACGGAAAUUCCACUUGUCCAAAGACUCAAGUAAAGCUAACAAUCGACAUCGUCACACCGAACUAUGCUCUAAGAAGCCUUAUAGCUCAAUGGUGUGAAUCCAAUGGCAUCGAACCUCCAAAACGUCCAAACAAUCCUCAACCGAGUAGUAAAGCCUCCUCCUCCUCCUCUUCCUCUUCCUUCUCACCUCCUUCUGAUGAACAGUUAAAGAUCGAAGCACUCCUAUGUAAGCUCACUUCGCAACGCCCCGAAGAGCAAAGAUCCGCCGCAGGAGAAAUCCGCCUCCUAGCAAAACAAAACAACCAUAACCGAGUCGUCCUCGCUGCAUCAGGCGCCAUCCCUCUGCUAGUGAGUCUCCUCACGAACUCCGACGACCCCCGGACGCAAGAACACGCCGUGACGUCGAUCCUUAACCUCUCUAUAUUCCAAGAGAACAAAGGAAGGAUCAUCUCUACGUUUGGAGCGGUUCCGGGGAUCGUUCACGUCCUCAAGAAAGGAAGCAUGGAAGCUAGAGAAAACGCGGCGGCUACACUUUUCAGCCUCUCGGUUAUAGACGAGAACAAAAUGACGAUAGGCGCCGCGGGAGCCAUCCCUCCGCUUGUGAACUUGCUGAGCGAAGGGUCACAGAGGGGGAAGAAAGAUGCGGGGACUGCUUUGUUCAAUCUCUGUAUAUUUCAAGGGAACAAAGGGAAAGCUGUGAGAGCCGGUUUAGUUCCCGUGCUAAUGCGGUUACUAACAGAACCGGAAGGGAGAAUGGUCGAUGAAGCAUUAGCUAUAUUGGCUAUACUAUCGAGUCAUCCUGAAGGGAAAGUAGUGGUUGGAGCGGCUGAUGCAGUUCCCUUUAUGGUUGAUUUUAUUAGGAGCGGGUCGCCGCGGAACAAAGAGAACGCAGCUGCUGUGUUGGUGCAGUUGUGUUCAUGGGAUCCGCAGCAUUUGAUUGAAGCUGAGAAGUUAGGGGUAAUGGGGUGUUUGAUAGAAAUGGCUGAGAAUGGUACUGAUAGAGGGAAACGCAAAGCGGCACAGUUACUUAACCGCUUUAGCCGUUUUAAUGAACAGCAGAAGCAGUCUGGUUUGGGUGUAGAGGGUCAAGUCUCUCUGAUCUGAGGUUUAGAGGGUUUGCUUUUACGGUUAUUUUUUUUCUACAUUUUUCAUAUCAAAGUUACACCACAAGGACAAGAUUUUGAAACCUGUACAAUGGAAUUGUUUUUCUCUGUAUCUCUCCUUCAACCCGGAAAAUAAAUCACAACACAAUCUAUUGCUUCUGUCA